AUGGACAGUGCAGCACAGAAACUUGCAGCGCCAGGAGGGGCGUCCCAGUCACGGCUGCGUGGUGGUAGCUGGAACCCAACAGAGACAGAUCCUCUGUUGGCGGCGCCGCCACUUCUCGACGAUGGAUCUCUAGGCAUACCCAGCGACGCCGAAGAGCAUGCCGCUGACUCGGAUGGGUUAUAUCCGCCUCACUCAUGCUGGACGGAGGACGAGGGCUGGAUGGAAGGUGCGAAAGACCGCGCCGACCCAUUCAAGACGAGGAACUGUAAGGUGUACAUGAACAUUCACCGGAUCCGAAGGGAUGUCAUCGACAGUAUAGAUGAUCCAUAUUCUUUGGAUCAGCUGAAGGCGCCGAGGAUGAACAUCACUAUCGUGAGGCCUUUGGUGGACGAAUAUUACGAAUCUCAGGAUCUCUCAAUAAUCUACUGCCUCCUCGUCAACCGAGCUCAAUUCAUUCGGGAGCACGCAUUUGUGUCACACCAUCAAACAGUCAAUCUCACUCGUGCUCUACUCUGCGAAAUAAUUGCAGAGCGGAUGCUUCGGCGAUACAAUGAGCACAACCCUGGACCCAAAGGCCUCCUCAAGCUCGCUACCAUUCUGGUUGCUGGGUUCGACCCGUUCCAGAACGCUCCAGAGUCGCUUCUUGAGGACUGCGAGAGCGAUCAUGAUCUCCAUCAUUUCAUGAAGGAUCGAGAUUGGAAGGACUCUGGAGUUGGCAAGCUGACUGCCCUCGAAGUCGCCAUCGUAUCGGAAUCUAAGAGCUUUCUAGCAAGUGGCGCGUGCCAGAAGGUCGUAGACGCAAUCUAUAAGGGAUCUGUGGUUUACACUCCGACGGUCUUCGUGGACAUUCUGCCGGAUAGAUGGAAGAAGCGCCCAGUCAGCCUCUACGACCCGAGAACUGCGCCAGUGCUCAAUCAGUACCGUCUCUUCGUUCCGAGAACCAGGAAGUGGAUCGAGUUGAUCCAUUUUGUCAUAUUGCUCGUGCUUUAUCUUGCUGUAAUGAUACAACGUCAAGACAGAGAGGAGAAGAGGGAUGCACAAGCUUCAAUCAGCGUCAUCGAAGGGAUAUUCAUGGUCUAUGGACUAGGCUGGGUCCUUGAUCAGGUCGCGUCUAUCCUGGAACACGGCUGGCAGGUAUAUACGCAGAACCUGUGGUCUUUCUUGGACAUCAUGUUCUCCGCUAUAUUCAUAGCAUAUUUGUCGAUACGCUGGACGAGUGUCGCACACCACAAAGACCAUCACUAUGACGAAAUCAUAACCACGGCUUUUGACGUCUUGGGUUGCGGUGCGCCUGUGCUGAUACCUCGCCUUGCAUUCAACAUCAUGUCUGAAAACCUUCUCUUCGUCGGACUUCGGAGUAUGAUGAGAGACUUUCUCACUCUGACUGUGCUUGCCAUCUGGAGCUUUCUAGGAUUUCUCCUAAGUAUCAAAUGGCUGCAUAAUGACAGCUACAAAGCAUACGACAUCUCCAAGUGGAUGGUAUACAUAUGGUUCGGCCUGGAUGCCACCGGAAUUGAAGAAGCACCAGCUAUCCACCCCUAUUUAGGACCGUUCCUGAUGAUCACAUUCACAUUUCUCGGCAACACGUUGUUUCUCACCAUCCUAAUAUCGAUGUUAUCUAACACGUUCGGGCUAAUUGUGCGCAAUGCAGUCCAGGAGAUCCAAUAUCGUCGAGCAGUCAUCUGUUACCUUGGCGUCAAAUCCGACUCGAUAUUCGCAUACUGGCCUCCUUUCAACAUUUUGGCCCUGUUCUUCGUCCUCCCGCUCAAGCUCGCGGUAUCAUCACGCACGUUCCACAGCAUUAACGUUUUCUUGAUGCGGGUGAUCAAUGUGCCAGUCCUUCUCUUCCUCGCCUGGUACGAAAGACGCACUAUGUGGAAGAGCAAACAGCGCGUUCGAAGACCGAGCCGGAUCGAUUGGUUCGCAGCUGGUGGACCGCGCGCGAUCAAUCGCAAGUCUUGGAUCAACCCGUUGGUCGCCAUCUGGGACUACUGCCGCUUGAACGUCCACGGAGACAUCCAAGCCGUCUUCGACAUUGAGCCUGGGGCGGAAGUCAUGAAUCAGGUCGACCAAUGGACAUUUGGUGGUCGGGUCGCAAAUAACGUGGCCGAAACCUUUGCAAAUCAAUUCAAGAGGCCUGACAGGCCCGGACUUUCAAGGGCCGCGUCACGUCGUAUAUCCUACAAGCAAGGUCGCAGGCGGAGCACGAAAGCGAAGCCCCCACCCAUGGCAAGGCGCUCGUCGAGCGAUAGGCUCAAAGAAGAGUUUCCCAACAGCGAGUCUGACGAUGCUGGGGAUGAGCAAGGAGGUGCGCCUGAGGGUUAUCACGCACCGAAACGGGGUGAACGAGUCGAUUCUUUGAUCGACUUCGGUGACAACAGCAUCGGACUACAGGAAGCGAACGUACGACUGAGCAAGAUCGAGCAGACGGUCGAACGGCUGGAGGCAUUGUUGUCACAGAUCCUAGAGGCUACGGUUGAGCAGGACGGUGAAGAUGAAGGCAAGAACGGGAAUCUGAAGGACAUUGCAGAAGAGGAGCUGCUGGACGAGCACGACAGCGAGGAGGCUACGAACGAUCUCAAUCAAUCGUUUCGACGAUGA